AUGGACAAGUCUAUGUCGGAAUCGAACUUGUCUGAAGUCCAGGAGUCCACUCCUCCGAACUUCGUAUCUGUGCACCGUAAUAAAAGAAGAAGGGAAGAAAUGUCAAACAUACCUAUAGAAUUAGAAAAUUUCAAGGAAGAGAUAAAACAUAUGAUGACAUCUAUGCUAUCAGCUCAAGUGACUGAACUCCAAAAGAUUUCCGCCUCCCAACUGGAAAUGCAGAAAACUAACCUCAACAUUGAGAGUUCGAUGGCGUUUCUCACUGCCCAGAAUGAGGAAUUCAGAAAGAAGAUUGGUCAAAUGGAGCUAAAGAUAGAAUCAGAUGGAAAAUAUAUAGCUGUACUUGAGGACAGAAUUGAGGACUUACAGAGAGGAAACAGAAAGAGUAACUUUGAGAUGAAAAAUGUACCAAAACUAAAAGGAGAAGAUAAAGAUAACCUGAUUGACAUGGUGCUUAAACUCUCAGGGAACAUUGGAUGUCAAUUAGCCAAAUCCGACAUAAAGGAUAUCUACAGAGUGAGAGGAAGGAAGGAGAAAACUCAGAACACACCGAUCAUUGUUGAACUGAUAUCAACUUUGACAAAAAGUGAGAUGCUUAGAAUGUGUAAGUCUUUUAAUAUAAAGCACAAAACCAAAAUAUGUGCUAAGCACCUGGGAAUAGGAGUGGAUGGAGACACUCCAGUGUACAUAUCGGAGCAGCUGACUGCCAAGGGUUCCCGUCUGCACUUCCUCGCCCGUGACCUUGCAAAAUCGAAAUCAUAUAAGUACUGCUGGACUGCUUAUGGAAAAGUAUACGUACGGCAAGAGGACACUACCCCGAUAAUCACUAUAAACAAUGAGGCCCAGGUACAACAACUUAUGCAAAAAUGA